GAUACCCUUGCAUGGGUGAAUGCUAAAGAACUAUAGAGCCACAAAUAAUAGGACAAGCUGAAUCCAUAUCUUGCAAGUCUUACGUUAUCCUUUAAGCCUUCUUCGGCUCACACAACAACAUUUUUAUACUUAAUGACGCUUAAUUUAAUUUCUUCUUAUCAAGUCCAUUGGGUUGGGGAUUAUUCAUUCAUAUAAAACUAUAUCUGCAGCUGGUACCAGCCUAAAGUCUGCCUCAUAUGAGUGCAGUCAUCUAUUAUUGAGCGAAAGGCCGUGCGUGGAAAUGUGUGCGAGACGCUGGAUUUGAAGUAGAAUUGGUUACAAUCGAUCAAGGGUGAAGAAUAUUGCUGAUGCUUACAAUAGACUAGACAACUAUGUCUUUCUCGCAGUUUGGAUACCCCUACAAUGCAACUUCACAGUUUUUCGUGUCGGCAAACCCCAGUACGACUUGCUGCGAUUCGAUUUCCAGGUCAGGCUCUGACUGCACGAGUGGCUCCCCGUCCGCAGCCUCCUUCUGCUGCCCCCCGUCCUACGAGAACCGUCUACUGGCGAGCACCAGGACGGAGCUCGGCGCCGCGCUCGGCAUGUACAGCUCCCCUUAUGCGGCUGCGGCUGCCGCCAGCCAGAACUAUGCCAACUACUUCCCCUACAGCACCGAGCCGUCCGCCAUCUACUCCACGCUGAACCCCCAGUAUGAUAUUAAAGAUGGCACUGGGACACUUCAUUCUGGCAUCACCCAAACUGCGGCAUACUAUCCUUACGAGCACUCGCUCGGACAGUACCAGUACGACAGGUACGGGACGGUGGACUUCAACAGCACAGCCAGGAGGAAGAACGCCACAAGGGAGACCACCAGCACCCUGAAGACCUGGCUGUACGAACACCGCAAGAACCCCUACCCCACCAAGGGCGAGAAGAUCAUGCUGGCCAUCAUCACCAAGAUGACGCUCACACAGGUCACCUGGUUCGCCAACGCCAGGAGGAGGCUAAAGAAGGAGAACAAGAUGACCUGGUCCCCCAAGAACAAGGGCGGCGAGGACAGGAAGGAUGACCUUGAGAAGAGCGACCUGGACUGCGUCACCAAAGACUCCAGCGACUGCAAGGAGAAGGACCUGCACCUCAGCGACCUGGACGACAUGGAGGACGAGGACUGUGACAAGAUGGACAGCGACUGUGAGAAGGGCCCCUCAGAGGAGCAGGACCUCCACAGGGCCAUGGCCGUGUCCGGGGCCCCCGCCAAGGGGGAUCGUGGCUCCGAGCUCCCCCUGAGCGUCCACCCCGGCUUCCACCCGUUCCCCUGCGGCGUCAAGAGCGUGACCUCGCUCCCCGGCCUGCCCUCCGACUUCCUGGACUCUGUGGCUCUGAAGCCCCUCUCCUCCACCACCACCACCACCUCCUCCUCCUCCUCCUCGUCCUCGUCCUGUGGGCCCCCGGGGGCCCUGUCCCUGUCCCACUACGAGGCCUCCGACAAACCCAGGAUCUGGUCCCUGGCGCGCACCGCCGCCUCGGGAGUCAUCCUGAGUUCCCAUCCCGGGGCGGUCCUGAGCCCCCAUCCCGGGGCCGAGGGGCGGCACCCGGGCGGGGACUGCCAGCUGCACGGCUCCCGGCCCCCCCAGGCCCCUGCGGUGGUGUGCCGGGGCGGCACCGGAGGCGGGGGCCUCCACGCCUCGAGCCACGCGACCAACGCGGAGAACCCCUUCCAGGAGGGCCCCCCCCUGCACCCCAAGCUGUACGGGGCGGGGGGCUACGGCCACAAGGCCCUGGGACUGCCGUGCUCCGCCUUCCCCUCGCUCCAGGACGCCUGCCAGUUCGCCAGCAUCGAAGGAUUCGCUGGUGUCAAGGCGGAGACAGACUCGCCUGACCUCAGCAGGGCAUGCGCGAGUCUGCAGGAAGACAAGGUCACGGCGUUCAGAGCGUUGAUGAAGAGGUGAAGGAGAUGUAUUUGCGCACCGGGAUAUACGAGUGGGACUUCUAUUAUGCACUAAAUUACAAGUAUGGUCCAGGAGCGUUUGGAGUAUUACGCGUGGAUUACCUGACACUCCUGCAGAGGGAAAUGAUUAUUCUUACUGUGGAUAUGACCGACAUUUUGCACACUCAUUUUUUUUUCUAUGGUGUCGAUGAGUUUAUGCUAGAAUUGUAAAUCCAACGGCAGAGAAUAGCCGGAUCAUUUGUAAAUGGGGAACCGUGUUGUGUAGCAAACCUUAUUCAUGUUGUCGUUUGAAAUUGUACUUUGUGACUUAAUUUAUUAUAUAUUUAUUUAUUUAUUUUCAACUGAUCAUUGAAAUCCUGCGUUAAAUCUUCUUUCGUUGUCGCUGCGUAAUGUUUUGCUUCAUAUAUUUUGGCCGAUUGUAAACUUGACAGAAAAGACUGGAUUUUUGUUGUUUUGCGUGGAGACCCGAAAUGCAAUUUUUUCUCCUCAUGUUUAUUGUUCAUGUUUGCCAUUCUUUUUUAUAUAUAUAUGUAAGAAAGCCGUUUUCGAAAGACUUCUGGAUCUCAGUCACAUUUUCCUUUUUUUGUAUGAAGUUUGACAUACAAUCAGCCAAUUAAAACAUUUGAGGUUAUGCAUUUGAUCAAAGUUCAUCAUUGUGACUGAGUUAAUAAUUCGCUGGAAGACGUGAGACAAAUGAACAAGACGAGGAAGAAAGAGAACAUCAAGUCUCCAUCGUGAGCAUUUAAUCAGUAGUGGCAUCAAACACUUUGUAAUGUUAUAGGAGGAAGGGCGAAGGCUGCUUUGUUCCAUGCAAGAACUUCAUAUUGUUUUAAUUAAAAGGUCAUUUGUAAGAUCCAAACGACGUAGCAUUGUCGUUUAAAAG